AUGGAGAUGGCGGAGGCAAGCCGCGCGGAUCCUCCUCCUCAAGACACGGAAUCUUGUGUCGAGCAUGACGAUUAUCAAGUUCCGUUUCUAAAGCCAGACAGAAAACUUCAACGGCCCCAUCGGCUCAGCGUGCCCGAACUACUGGCGCUCCGUCAAGGUUUUGGCGUCUCUCCGUUGUCCUUACCACCAUUUGCACGGCCCAGGGCCAUCACGACCGAUACUCUUGCUUCCAAAAUUGCCUGGAACACUUCGAGGCUGCAAAAUAUGAUUCUCACGGUGGGACCAGGAACACCCGCAGCCAUUGUGGACUUGUCCGUAGUGCAUGAACCAUCACCACCGGCUGCCGCUCGACUCGGGAAUGGGGAAGAUGAAUCCUCCAGCGGUAGUUCUUCGGAAAGCAGCUCGUCAUCAUCAUCAGAAGAAGAAGAAGAUGAAGCUGAAAUUGAUCCGGACGACAAUGCCAAUGAGGAGCAGGAGGAGGAACCUCCUGAACCUAGCCGCACACAUUCACGAUCCGGAUCCUCCUCGGGGUCUUCCAGAUCUUCCACUACUAGUCCUAAGAGAACCUUGAGUGACCGAAUGAAAAUGCCUGAAGAAGAUGCAGAGACAACGGCCGAGACGGCGACGACGACAACGUUUGAUUCUUUAGAGGAGACUGUCGACAAGAAGGAAGACAGUUGCAAAAAGGCCAAGGCAUCGAGCGACGAAGAAAUGGCGGGAUACAGCGAUGUGGAUCCUGAACAAGAAGGAGACAAGGAAGAAGACGAAGCAGAAGGUGAGGAGGGCGAAGAAGAAGAUCUCCCUGAGCUGACCGAUAGAGAACGCUUCUUUUUGGAAGUGAAUCAAGCGGAGGAACAUCGGAUGCAGUUUAGCGGCGAGGAAUCCAACGAAGAGGAAGAAGAAGACGAGGGUAUAGAUGCAAACGAGUCUCACCCCAAUGAGCGCAUGGCGGAAAGUACGGAAGAUGAGGAAGACGACGAAGAAGAGGACGAUGAAGAAAUGGCAGAGUUUCGUGAAAUGGCGGCAGAGUGGUUUGCUCAGGCGCAGGAAGGGGGCGAAGGAGAAGAGGACGAUGACGACGAGGAAAGCGACGACGAGGACGAUAGCGAUGAUGACGAUGACGUUGGGCGUGUCAUCAUCCGCCGCCGAAUCAUUCGGCGCUCACAAUCGCCAACGAGGCGAGGCAACCACAACGCUAGGAAAGAAAUGACUCCGUCCCUUCGCCAUGGCGGAUGUAUCAAUACAGCUGCGUGGUUGGAUUCGGGCUGGCGACUCUCCACGGUAUCCAGUGACCACUACAGUACGUCCUACAAUGCCAACUUCGACUUUUGUUUGGAAGACACGCAAGGACUGCACGCCAUCGAAUCCAGUGACUGUCCAACCCAGCUGGCAACCUCGGGAGAUGACAGACAAGUGAAAUUUUGGGAUGUGCGAUACGCAAUGGGGAACACUAAUCCCCUCCCAUGGGGCCGAAAUACACACUGCCCUUUUGCUCAUGAACCAGAAACAAUCGAUACCGAGGGCAACGCCGGUGGGUACAAGGCUCGAUGGAGGGAAUUCUAUCGUAAUCAGCAACAACCAGUGGAGGCGAGGAAAAUGUUCGGAAAUGUUCAGCCGCUGGCAACCUUACACACUGGGCACAGGUCCAAUGUGUUUCAUGUGACGCCAUUAUGGCAGCAACCGGGGAAAGUUGCCACUUGCGGAGCGGACGGAUACCUGAGACUUGGGGAUGUCGAAGCAGCAAACCGAGGAGAAUCGAUCAGCACAUCAAUCAUCAUCAGCCCUGAGUACCAUGAUGACGGCGAUCACAUCAUGAGUGGAUUGUUCAGCCUGCGUCCAGGGCUGUGCUUUUCGCACCACUUUCUGAAUACAAACGUGGGGCUCCUCUGCAGCCAAAGGGGACUGCGCAAGUUUGACGUUCGUUUGCCGCCGCGACAGCAGGAACGAAGAGCCCUCCUUGGCAGCAAUACUGGAUGUAAGGCUUGUGCUGUAUGGACAUACUCUUCCGCCGGUUCUGUGGAAGAAGUGGACUCAACAUACGUCUUUGUGGGGGGGACCGGAGCAGAAGUUGCUCUUUGCGACCUUCGCAUGACUGGCGGGGACUCUUCCUCUGACAAUGCUAGAAUAGUCUGUCAGUAUCGGCCUAGAGGCUUGGAGGGGAACGUCGAAGUGUCUGUAAGCGGCAUUGACUUAUCCAAAGACAAGCAAGAGUUGUUGGUUAGCUAUGAAAGCGAUCAAAUAUACACUUUCCCUGUCUUUCCGCAUGCUAAAAGCGCAGCGGGGCCAACCCUCGAAGAAAUCGGUGGAAUUGGCUUGGACGAUGAUGAUGUCGCGGCUACGAACGGUAACAUUUCGUUGCUUGGUGGCAGAGAGCGAACGCGCACAGGGGAGGAUGUUUACCUCAAUGAGCUUGCCUCCUACGGCGGUCAUCUGAAUCGAUUCACUUUCUUGAAGAAUGCCAAGUAUGCUGGUCCCAAUGAUGAAUACAUAUGCACUGGAUCGGACUCAGGGCAUGCGUGGAUCUACGAACGAGCCACCGGAGCUGUGGUCUCGCUGUUGAACGCUGAUCACUCCACCUGUAACGGUGUAAUUCCGCAUCCAAGCCUACCAGUAUUCAUUACGUACGGCAUUGAUUCGACGGCGAAGUUGUGGCGUGGAACUGGACCAGUUGACAUGAACACGGACGAUUCGUUGAGUGGACGGUCGAGGGCAUUCCGUGCUAGUCAAUACGAAAUGAGUUCUCUCGCGAGAAAUUGGGACACCAUCGAGCAGGAAAUAUCACAUAUCGAACAAGAGCUUGCCGAGGCCGACGCAGCAAGGGAUAAUGACGAAGAUGAUGAAGAAGACAGGGACAGUCUUUACCAUUCCUACAGUGUACUUCCCGAUCAAGUCUUGAGCAGAAAGGAGCUGGGCAACACUGGCACUUUUGGCCGCAUCGCAUUGCGCGCUGGCGGCUCUCGUAUAGGGAACGAUCUCCACAAUUUACCGGAUAUCUUGCGGAGGAAUCAGUUCGAAUGCAUACGUGCCGCCAUUGGAGGUGAUGUAGGGCGUGAAACUGAUCUCCCUGUGGAAAGUGACUUGAAGGAGCUUAUGCGUCGUGUGAGUUUGAUUCGACUGCGUCACCAAGCUGAUCGUCAGGGACUGUCAGCGCACUGGAAUCACAAGCUUCCGUGGAUCAUUGGGGCGUCAGCAAAACUGGGAGGGGAAGCGGAGGAUAACGACAAGGGUGCACAUGCAGCACCACACCCUGCAGAUCUCGUUCCCGACAAUCCAUCCGAUUGGAUUCCGUUUGACCCCGAGAUGACACCCGCGCCCAAUGCAUCUGGAAUGUCAGUCAAUGUGGAAGAGUAUGGGAACUUCUUCCGUGACAGAUACCUUCAUUCGGACGCUGAUAGCCACACCGAACUGGAAUGCCCACGAGAGAGAGUUUGGCGUCGCGAUUUAUCAGGACCUGACAUUGCGGCAUCGUCCACCUCUGCCAGUGAGAACGCCUACAGGAUACUGCAUGAAACGGCUCGUGUCCUGAAGGAUGGAGGCAACGAAGCGCUACGAAAAGGAGAGCUAGAUAUUGCAGCUCAAAGAUACGACAAAGCCAUUCGUUACUGUUCCAUCGCAUUCAUGUCGCACAGGGCAGCCACCACGUAUGGAGGCAAAUACGAAGACGAGCUGACUCUGAUUUCGAUGAAAGUGCUCGAGCUGGAUAUCGACUCGGACCACACUGUGACCCCUUUGAUGCUUAAAUGGUCGCCUCUGCUGAAGGUGUUGGUAUCAACUCGGUUGAAUUUGUCCAUGUUGUUGCUCAAACAAGCAAAACAUCAACCUGAAGUCCCUCAGCUGGAACAAGCCAAAAAUCAAGCACGACACGCCUUGCGGGAGCUGCAACCCUUUUGCGCUAAAAAGGGCAACGUCUGUAUGCUGUUCAUGAAGAGUGGCAAGGUAGCGAGACUUUGCGCUAGUACCACAGCGGCAAAAAGGAAAAUCAAGACAGAGAUACUCAAGUCCAAAGAGCCAGAAGAAACCUACCGUGAGGCCAAGACUUUGGAGGCAAAGGCAUUCUUCCGCCUUGGUUCCGCUCAGUCAGACAUGGGCGAGUAUGCUGAAGCUGUGAAGAGUUUUGACAAGAGCAUUGAGUGCACCUUGGAGCUGAACCCCGACGCCAAGUUAGAUCCUUUGGUUGUGCGGCGAUUGAACGAAGCAAAGCGAGAAAAGAUCCGACAAAACAAGCGCCAACGAAAGAAGUUUCGAAUGAUGUUUGGACAGGAAGAAAAGUCGAAGAAAAAGAAGGACAAGAAGAAGAAAUAG